GGGUUGGUGACUCCGAACUCCUCCAACGGGACGUCUGCGGUCAAAGGUAGUGGCAAGCCCGAUGUCACCACCCUCGUCCUCUCCAUCGUGGCUCGCGAGGUCCCGUCGGUUGCGGAACAACGUAGGUCUUCCGCCCCGCCGCCCGCGAUAGAUCCCGCUCCGCUGCCUCUGAGAGAUCCCGCUCCGUCUGCGGUCCCGACCCGCCAAGCUAAAACCAAAGCCGCAACAACCGUCCUGUUAUCUGGGUUGGUCUCGUCCACCGACCCGGCCUUGUUCCUCAUGGCUGACGGGACGGGCGGAGUCGGCAUGUAUGUCCCGUUCCCACCGCUUUCCAGUGGGCGACGAGUGUAUGGGGUCGAGUCGCCGUAUGUUCGGGACCCGGGAUCGAUGGGCGAUUGCCUGGUGGAGGAUCUUGCCACGGCAUUCGUGGCAGCCAUCCGCAAGAUCCAGCCGGCUGGUCCCUAUCUGCUCGGGGGAUAUGCCGCCGGUGCCGUCUACGCCUGGGAGGUCAGCCGGCAGCUGCUCCAGGCUGGCGAGACGGUGCUUGGACUUCUCUUGAUUGAUAUGCCGGCACCGGCUCCUGUGUCCGCCGCGCUUUCUGGGACUAUUCUGACCCCAGAGCAGAUUGAAGAGGCUGGGUUGAUGGGACCCGCCAGCGUCGGUGCCGGCAAGAAUAUUAGAGAGGUCCGAUCCCUUCAGAAACAGCAUCUCGCCGCCGCGCUCCAGAUGCUGCUCCGUUACGUGCCGCAGCCUUUGCCUCCUGGUAAGCGGCCGGCGCGAUCAACGGUCUUUGUCGCCCAACAUGGCCUGGGCAAGGGCCGGGGUCUGGUGAAAAAUCCGAUCACCGAGUGGAUCGAUGCCAACCGAAACCGAUCCCCAACGAUGGGCUGGGAGUCUUUGGUUGGAGCGGUCGAACGACGCGAGUUGGAGACGGAUCAUUUUGCGCUGUUGAAGUAUCCGCAGGUAUGUCAUUCUAAAUGCUGA